UAAAUAGUUGAAUCAGGAUAUUAAACUGAUUAAUUAAAUUAGGACACUCGAGAACAUCCUGUGAAAAAUUCGACAAACCAGAAAGGAUGACCUUUUGGGGGAUAUGAAGUAUACUUUAAAAGCUCCCUCUCCAACUAAACUAGACCUUCUCCACACACAAAAGUCUUUUGACAUUCUCCACAGGAAUAUAUAUGCUUGCUGGAGAGCUUUAGAAUUCUGGGAAAGUUUUGAUUUUUCAAUAAACCCAUGAAUCGAUUAAGCUUGCUGAUCAUCUUACUUCUCCAUUUCAUCUUCUUUCAAGUCAAAGCACAACCUUCCAUGAACGAAGAAGAUGGGACUCAACAGAAUUUUCAACCGAGUGUUGGUAUUGUCAUAGGAAUCCUCUCCGUCAUGUUUUCAGUAACGUUACUUCUUCUUGUCUAUGCAAAAUUCUGUCAUAGGGCAGGGUCCGUUCAUGGGGAAAUUCCACAGAACUUUGCAUUUAUAAGAUCAAGCUCUCGAUUCUCCGGGAUAGACAAGACGGUGAUCGAAUCGCUUCCUUUUUUUAGAUUCUCUUCACUGAAGGGGUCGAAGGAAGGACUUGAAUGCGCAGUCUGUUUAUCCAAAUUCGAAGAUAUUGAGAUGCUGCGGCUGCUGCCCAAGUGCAAACAUGCCUUUCACAUUGCCUGCAUCGACAGUUGGCUUGAAAAGCACUCGAGCUGUCCUAUUUGUAGGCACAGGGUAAGCGCUGAGGAUCCAACCAUUUUCACAUACACAAACAGUAUGAGAUUGAUGAACCAAUCGGAGCUACAGAGAGAGGACUCCAACAUGGGCCUCUUCGUUCAGAGAGAAGAAGAUCAUCAUCAUCAUCGGGGGUCCUCAAGAUUCAGUAUUGGAAGCAGCUUUCGAAAAGCCGAAAAGGGUAAUAAUAAUAAUAAGGAAGAGAUAUUCUUAAUCCAAGAUGAAGCAGAGGAGCAUAAAGUCUUGCAUAAGCACAAACACAAGAUUGUUGUGUCUGACUUUGUUUUCAAGAACCGGUGGAGCAGUGUGAGUUCUUCCGACCUGAUGUUCUUGAAUUCAGAGAUGCUUACUGCUGUGUCAAGCAACAGAUUCUCUUCUUUGGAUUCGAAUACCGAGCAGUCCUCAACCUCAAGAGCUGUGGAAAAUGAGCAGAUUAUAAAGAUCAAGGAGGAGAUGGAGAUGAAGAGAUCGUUCGAGAGCAAGGUUAGUACAUUUCCAGGCCUUCCUUCUACAUCAGAUUCCACAUUGAAUUUAAGCCAGACGACAUCAAGUUAUAUGAGUCCGGGAGAGAGAAGAUCAGUGUCAGAAAUUACUGCUCUGUCAAGAUAUGAACAUUCCGGUAUGCAGAACAGAAUUAGAGAGACUUCUUUGGUGGGAAACAAUGUGAAAGAGGAAAGACUCAGGCGGAUUUGGUUGCCGAUUGCCAAAAGAACAGUUCAAUGGUAUGCCAAUAGAGAUCACAGAAGGUCCCAACAGCCUCAGAAAACACAACAAGCAUUAGAUGUAUAGAUCAGAUCGAUACCUCUUCAAGUAUGUUUUUUUCUUUUGAAAAGUUCUUGAAUUUCGCUGACAUUUAUUGAGAUAGAAGUCAGCUAGAAUUCAUGGAUACAGUAUCAUGUGGAUUUUAGGUACUACUUUUGAAAAAACAACAAAAAUAUGUAAGUUCAAGAGAAACAGAUGCACCUUUCGUGUGUUUUUUUC